AUGUCCCUACCCUCUAUGAUAUUACACAGCCCCUACAGUUCCGAUCGGCUGGUCCAACUGGCAGCCAGGCUCUGGCCAACACUGUGUGAUGCCCUCAUCUCGGUGGGGAGUCAGGAGUUUCCUGCUCAUAGCCUGGUACUAGCAGGUGCGAGCCAGCAGCUGGGUCAUGGGGGCAGGUGGGCGCUAGCAGAAGGCGUCAGCCCUUCCACCUUCGCCCAGCUUCUGCACUUUGUUUACGGGGAGAGUGUGGAGUUGCAGCCUGAUGAGCUGGGACCCCUCGAGGAGGCGGCCAGGGUGCUAGGGGUCCAGGCCCUGGAAAAAGCAUGCAGGAAGGCUCAAAGGAACUGGGCUAAAGAAGUGCAGGACCCAGGGCUGAAGACACAUCAGGAGUCAGGAAAAUACUCUAAGGAUUCUAAGAGAGAACUUGGGGACCUUGCAGAGAAGCAGACACAAGGGUUUUUCAGAGUUGGAGGGAAAGAAGAGGAGCUCUCGCAUAAGCACAGGCCACCAAGAGGUAGCCUUGAGGUGACAGGGGCAAUGCCACAGGUCCUGGGGGAACAGAUAAGAUCAAAGGAAGGGAAACUCAGCCAAUUCUCUACUGGCCACCAAGGAGCAGAUGGGAAGCCAGGAGUGGUCAUGUGGUUGAGGGAGAGUCCAGGGGGCCCUGUGAAAAGUUCAUGGGAGGCCCCUGGCUCCCUUCCCCUAUCAGGUUCCCCACAAGCCAACAUCAUCCCCAGGCCCUGGAGGGCUGAGGCCUCUUGGGUAGGGAAGGGCCAGCCUUCACGGCAGAGCAUCCUGCUGUUGCCACCCAGAUUUGGCACCCCCUUCUCCCAUAGCACCCCCAUCACUGGAGCCUGGCAGGAGCUCUGGCCUUGGAACCAGAGGAUACCACUGCCCCUAAACCUCCAGAAAGGGCUCUGGAGCCAGAACCCAUGGGCCUUGUCCAGCCCCACCCCAGGUAAGCACCUCCUGGCUCUACACAUGCUCUACACUGGUCUGGGAGUCUCUACCUUGUCUUCCUCUGACUCCUAUGUCGUCACAGGCUCGACUGCAACCUAUGAGGAUCGAGAUGGCAGAGUUGGUUGCUUAUCUCGCGAACACUCUCCUCUGUUCCCUCCUGUUCGGGCUCGGCCCUAUUCUUGCUUGGUCUGUGGCAAAAGAUUUUCACUCAAGCAUCAGAUGGAGACACACCACCGAGUCCACACAGGUGAGAAGCCCUUCUCCUGCAGCCUCUGUCCGCAGCGCUCCCGGGACUUCUCCGCCAUGACCAAGCACCUGCGGACACAUGGUGCCUCACCUUACCGCUGCUCUCUGUGCCAGGCCGGCUGCCCCAGCCUGGCCUCCAUGCAGGCUCACAUGCGCAGCCACCCUCCGAGUCAGCUCCCACCAGGAUGGACCAUUCGCUCCACCUUCCUCUAUUCCUCCUCUUCUGGGUCAUCUCGUGCCUCGACCUCUCCUAGUAGUACCCCACCCUCCACUACCUGA